AACCCAAAAAAACCAAAAAAAAAUAGAUAGCUAAAUCAGUGCAAAAGAGGAUAGCCACAAUGAAUCGCAUCGACCUCACCAUGGACGAUAUGGCCAAUACAAAGUUCCUAACGCUGUACAAUAGCCUUUUCAAGACCUUAGCCUCCUCGACCGACUUCAACUACAACGAGGUGGUCAGCCUUCUGACCGUCUUCUACAAGUUUACUCUCCACAACGGUACCCGGGAGAUGUCUACUCGCCAGAUGUACAACCUAUGCCUCGUGAUGUUUGACAUCUUCGACGUGCAGAUCAUCGAUCGCAUCUCGAUGAACAUCACCUCGGAUGGGCGGUUCAUCUCGCCAGAGGCAUGGAUGAAGGUCUUUGGGGUAUUUCUCAACGGAAACCUGGAGGAACGCAUGCGAUUCGCUUUUAACGUGUAUACAAGUGCUGGCACUGUGUUUCUAAAUCGUGAGGUGGUUGGCUUUGCCAUUGAAAAAUUCUUUUACGGUGACGAUGACGACGAAGUCAAUGAAUUGCGAGCAGACAUGGUUGAGUUUAUAUUCGGUAAAUUCGACCACGACAAGGAUGGCGUAAUUUCAUUCGAUGAGUAUGCUGCGGUUGUCUCGCGGCAGCCCGGCCUGUUGGAGUUUCUGGGAAAGAUAUAUCCAGAUAAUCGAGAUAAAGCAUUGAUUGCCUACUGUCACAAUAUUGAGUCUCUAUUUCCGUCAGAAGAUUAACGUCGAAUAAAAAUAUAUUCUUGUGGAAGAAA